AAACGGAAUUAUUAUUAUUUAUUAAAUAAAAAAAUAAAAAAAAUUCAAACCCACAAACACAAAACACAAAACGAGCCUUUGUUUUUCUGCUCUCGAGGUACACCAUACCGCUAUCAACGGCCACUGUUAUUGUUCAAUUGUAAACAGAAAAAAUGAUGAGAAUAUGAACAUGAACAUGACGACGCCGUUUCAACAGGGACCGCAAACGGUGAGAAGAUUGGUGGUGGAAGUUAUAGACGCACGCAACCUACUUCCUAAAGAUGGCCAAGGAAGUUCAAGCCCUUACGUCGUUGCUGAUUUCGAUGGACAGAGAAAACGAACCACCACCCGCUUCAAGGAGCUGAACCCGGUUUGGAACGAGUCGCUUGAGUUCAUCGUUUCCGACCCGGAUAACAUGGAGUUUGAAGAGCUUGAAGUUGAGGUUUAUAACGAUAAGAAGUUUGGUAAUGGUAGUGGACGCAAGAAUCACUUUCUCGGUAGAGUAAAGCUCUACGGAACACAAUUUUCAGGUAGAGGAGAAGAAGCUCUUGUUUAUUACACGUUAGAGAAGAAGAGCGUUUUCAGUUGGAUAAGAGGUGAAAUCGGUCUCAAGAUUUAUUACUACGAUGAGUUGCUUCAGCAAGAGGAGCAGCAACAACAACAACAGCAGCAGGACCACCCGCCGCCUCCGGAGGAAGAGCAACACGGUGGCACAGAGCAAGAGAGGAAUAGCCACAGGCCACCGAUGAUGGCAGAGGAGGGAAGAGUUUUUCAUGUUUCCGGUCCGAUGGACCAUUGUGCACAACUUCCCGACGGUCCUCCUUCGCCGCGAGUUGUGGUUGUUGAGGAAUCACCGUCUCCGGUGGUUCGUGUUCAACAGGAUCAACCGUUGCCGGAAAUGUACGGUCCACCUGAACCGGAAGUUCAGUAUCAUCCAGAAGUGAGGAAAAUGCAGGCUAUAAGAGGUGAUAGAGUGAAGUUUAUGAAGAGACCUAACGGUGACUACGCGCCGAAAGAUAUCUCCGGCAAGACACCUAACGGUGAGUCUGAAAGAGUUCAUCCCUACGAUCUGGUUGAACCAAUGCAGUAUCUGUUCGUCAGAAUCGUGAAAGUUCGUGGGCUUAAUCCUCCAACUGAAAGCCCAUUCGUGAAGGUUCGAACGUCGAGCCACUACGUGAGAUCCAAGCCUGCGAGUUACCGUCCCAACGAGCCCAACGACUCGCCGGAGUGGAACCAGGUUUUUGCAUUGGGAUACAAUAAAACCGACUCAAACGGUGCCACGUUGGAGAUUUCGGUUUGGGAUUCACCUACAGAGCAAUUUCUGGGUGGCGUUUGUUUUGAUCUUUCUGACGUACCUGUUCGAGACUCUCCAGACAGUCCCCUAGCUCCACAAUGGUACCGCCUCGAAGGAGGCGCCGCAGAACAAAACUCCGGUAGAGUCUCCGGCGAUGUACAGCUUUCCGUUUGGAUCGGUACUCAAUCUGACGAUGCCUUCCCUGAAGCAUGGAGUUCAGACGCACCGUACGUGGCACACACGCGUUCGAAGGUUUACCAAUCGCCGAAGCUUUGGUACCUUCGCGUAACAGUAAUGGAAGCACAAGACCUAAACCUAACGCCCAAUCUACCACCAUUAACGGCGCCGGAAAUAAGAGUUAAGGUACAGUUAGGGUUUCAAUCGCAGAGAACGAGGCGAGGUUCAAUGAACCACCACAGCAUGUCGUUUCACUGGCACGAAGACCUUCUAUUCGUAGCCGGAGAGCCUCUAGAAGAUUCGAUGGUUCUUCUGAUGGAAGAUCGCACCACCAAGGAAGCGGCGCUCUUAGGCCACGUGGUGAUUCCACUUACUUCAAUUGAACAACGAAUAGACGACCGCCACGUGCCAGCAAAGUGGUUCCCACUGGAAGGUGGAUCCUACUGUGGGCGAGUCCACCUACGCCUCUGUCUAGAAGGUGGAUAUCACGUGCUAGAUGAAGCGGCGCACGUGUGCAGCGAUUUCCGCCCCACAGCGAAACAGCUAUGGAAACCUCCCGUUGGAAUUCUUGAAUUGGGAAUCCUAGGCGCUCGUGGUCUACUCCCUAUGAAAUCCAAGGGACCAGGAAAAGGGUCCACUGAUUCUUACUGUGUAGCCAAGUACGGAAAGAAAUGGGUACGAACACGCACCGUAACGGAUAGCUUCGACCCACGCUGGAACGAGCAGUACACGUGGCAGGUAUACGACCCUUGCACCGUAUUGACCGUUGGUGUAUUUGACAACUGGCGUAUGUUUGCAGACGUGUCAGAAGAGAAACCUGACUGCCGUAUAGGAAAAGUUCGCAUACGUGUUUCUACGCUUGAGAGCAACAAAAUCUACACUAGUUCGUAUCCUUUACUGGUUCUCACACGAACCGGGUUAAAGAAAAUGGGGGAAAUUGAGUUAGCGGUUCGUUUCGCAUGCCCCUCGUUGUUACCCGACACGUGUGCAGUUUACGGGCAACCAUUACUUCCAAGAAUGCACUAUAUCCGCCCACUUGGUGNGGCUAAGCGGGAAGCACUCCGAGGUGCAGCCACGAAGAUGGUGGCUCAGUGGCUGGCGCGGUCUGAGCCACCAAUGGGACACGAGGUAGUUCGUUACAUGUUGGACGCUGACUCACACGCUUGGAGCAUGAGAAAAAGCAAGUCGAAUUGGUUCAGAAUUGUGAGUGUUUUAUCUUGGGCCGUUGGAUUAGCCAAGUGGUUAGAUGAUAUAAGGAGAUGGAAGAAUCCAGUGACUACAGUAUUGCUUCAUAUACUUUACUUAGUCCUUGUUUGGUAUCCGGAUUUAGUUGUUCCAACGGGAUUCCUAUACGUUGUUUUGAUUGGGAUAUGGUAUUACCGUUUUAGGCCCAAGAUACCUGCUGGUAUGGAUACACGAUUAUCACAAGCCGAAGCUGUUGAUCCGGAUGAAUUAGACGAAGAAUUUGACACCAUGCCUAGCUCCAAACCACCUGAUUUGGUUAGGGUUCGGUAUGACAGGUUAAGGAUGUUGGCUGCGAGGGUCCAAACGGUUUUGGGUGAUUUUGCAACGCAAGGGGAAAGGGUUCAAGCAUUGGUUAGUUGGAGAGAUCCAAGAGCUACUAAAUUGUUCAUUGGAGUGUGCUUUGUGAUUGCUAUUAUACUUUACUCGGUGCCUCCAAAAAUGGUUGCUGUCGCGUUAGGAUUUUAUUACCUUCGUCAUCCAAUGUUUCGGAACCCAAUGCCUCCGGCUACUUUGAACUUUUUCCGCCGACUUCCUAGCUUAUCUGAUCGCUUGAUGUAGAUUAUUCAACAUUCAAAAAUUACUUUUUAUUUUAUUUUUAAGUCGUGACAAUUUUUUUUAGGAAUGGAAAUUAAUUUGUUUUACCAUAGUUAGUACCAUGAGGUUGAAGAAAAGACAAGCACUAGUAGUAGCUGUUAUAGUGUUUGAAAAAGUUGCCUUCAAAUAACUUCAUUGUAAGGACAAGGAGUGAAAAAGGUGGGAAAGUGGCUGGUUGUCAUGAUUUAUUUUUGCAGUACUAUUAAUCAAACUGAUUGACUGUGGUCACUGUAGUAAACUUGAAAUAAGAGAAAGGUGAGGGAGAAAUUUUGGGCACCCAAGAGAACAUGUUUGAGACCCUUGGAUAUCUUUCUGACAUUAAAUUUUUUUACAUUGUUUCUUUAGUUGAGCGAUUUUUUAGUUAAAUCUUGACUUUCCUGAUUUUUGGAUCUAUGUAAUUUCUGCUAGUUUUUAAUACGA